AUGAGCGAGGAUGGCUUCCAGCAAAUGAGUUUCGUCAAUGGCAUCUGUACCACAAAAGGCGGACAGCAUGUCUCGUACAUCGUGGACCAGAUCACGGCCAAACUGGUCGGCGUGCUGAAGAAGAAGAACAAGGGCGAGGCUGUCAAGCCCAACUACAUCAAGAACCACAUGUUCGUCUACGUGAGCGCGCUGAUCGACAACCCCGCCUUCGACUCUCAGACCAAGGAGACGCUGACGACUCGAGCCAACAGCUUUGGGUCAACUUUCAACCUCAGCGACAAAUUCCUCAAGCAACUUGAAAAGAGCGGCCUGGUGGAGAAGAUUCUGUUAGCUGCGACGCAAGGUGGCAGCAGCGGCAAGCGGUCGCGUCUCACGGGUAUCCCCAAACUGGACGAUGCCAAUCACGCCGGCACCGCGAAGAGCAAGGAUUGCACGCUGAUCCUGACCGAGGGAGAUUCCGCCAAGACGGUAGCUGUGGGCGGCCUUGCGGUGGUUGGCAGAGACUACUACGGAGUCUUCCCACUGAGAGGUAAGAUGCUCAACGUCCGCGAAGCCAGCCACUCGCAGAUCCUCAAGAACGAAGAAAUCCAAAAUGUGGUCAAGAUCCUCGGCCUCAAGUACGGACAGAAGUACGAAUCGACCAAGGGCUUGCGCUACGGGCAUCUGAUGAUCAUGGCCGAUCAGGAUCACGAUGGUAGCCACAUCAAGGGCCUGGUGAUCAAUCUCAUCCACCACUUCUGGCCGUCGCUGCUGGUCGUGGACGGAUUUCUGCAAGAGUUCAUCACUCCGAUCGUUAAGUGCACGAAGGGCCGCACAAAGGAGGUCUUUUACACGAUGCCAGAGUACGAGGCUUGGCGGGAGAGAACCAACCAGGGACGCGGCUGGAUCAUCAAGUUCUAUAAGGGUCUCGGUACGAGCACGGACGCAGAAACCAAAGAGUACUUGUCCGACCUGCAGACCCAUCAGAUUAGGUUCACGUACGACGGAGAUGGAGACGCUGAUGUGAUUGACAUGGCGUUCUCCAAGAAGCGUGUUGAGGACCGCAAGGAUUGGCUUCGAGGCUACGAGCCUGGCACCUAUGUGGACUACGACGUGGACGAGAUGGGCUACCCAGAGUACGCUUAUCGCGCUGGGUUCGUGAACAAGGAGCUCAUCCUUUUCUCCAUGGCAGAUAAUAUCCGCUCAAUCCCUAGCGUCAGAUUCAAGCCGUCUCAGCGUAAAGUCCUGUUCUGCUGCUUCAAGCGUAAUCUUCGGGCGGAGCUCAAGGUGGCACAGCUGGCUGGUUACGUGUCCGAGCACUCUGCAUACCACCACGGAGAAGCGAGUCUCCAGGGUUGUAUCGUGAAUAUGGCGCAGGACUUCGUCGGCAGCAACAACAUCCACCUUCUGCCCCCAAUCGGUCAGUUCGGUUCGCGUCUGAUGGGCGGCAAGGACGCAGCCAGUGCUCGUUACAUUUUCACCAACUUGGAGCAGCUUACUCGACUGAUCUACCAUCCCCUGGACAACGACUGCCUCAAGUAUCUGAGUGAAGACGGACAGUCGAUCGAGCCGGAAUGGUAUAUCCCCAUUAUCCCCAUGGUGCUCGUGAACGGCAGCGACGGUAUCGGAACGGGUUGGUCCCCCAACUACAACCCGCUCGACAUCAUCAAGGGUCUGCGUCAGAUGAUCAACGGAGAGGAAAUAGCUCCACUUACCCCGUGGUACCGUGAAUUUACCGGCCAUAUCGUUGAGAAGGCGAACUCGCGCGGAACUGAUACGGGCAACUACAUUGUCCAGGGCCUGUACGAAGUUACGGACGACAGCACGCUCGUGGUCUCGGAGCUCCCAGUGAAGUCCUGGACGCAGACGUACAAGCAGUUUUUGGAGGGACUUCUGGAUGCGGGUACGAUCAAGGACUUUAAGGAAAACCACACCGAUGUCAAGGUGCUGUUCACGAUCACAAUGGAACAAAAGGCGCUGAGUGACGUCACGAAGGCCCCGGGCGGAAUCGUAAAGAAGUUCAAGCUCGAAUCAUCCCUCUCUACCUCCAACAUGCACCUGUUUGACGCUGCCGGACACAUCAAGAAGUACGAAAACCCCAAGGAGAUCAUGGCCGAGUUUUACGGGAUCCGUCUCGAGUACUACGGACGCAGGAAGAAGGCGAUGCUGCAGAAGCUGCAGGACCAGAUCAAGCUCCUGUCGAACAAGGCUCGCUUUGUUCUCGCUGUCGUGGAAGGCAAGCUGGUAGUCAACAACCGCAAGAAGCAGGAGCUGCUGGAAGAGUUGAUGGCGGAAGGCUAUGAUCAGAUUGUGCCGAAGACCAAGAAGAAGCCUGACAAUGAGGACUCAAAUGAGUCUGAAGAUGAGGAACCCAACGUGGCAGACGCCAGCAGAGGGGGGGGGGCGACGUCAACUCGUAAUUCAUUAAUGCAGCGUAUUCUUUAG